AGAUAGAGAUAGAAAGAGAGUUAUUGCCUCUAUAAUAAGAUAAACCACUGAGACAGAGAGACAGCCAGAGAAAGAGAGCAAAGCCAGCUUAAGGUGAAAAGGAGAAGAGCAGAGCAGAGACAACAAUCUUACAGAAGAGAUGGCUUCUUCUUCUUCUUCUUCUUCUUCUUCUUCUUCUUCUUCUGCUUUAUUCUUCUACUACCUCCUCCUGUUGGGUUCAGCACUGUUCCUCACCAAUGAGGCUAUUGCUCUCCCAGAAGUGCCCAACCUCACCACCCUCUCUUUUGAGGAAGGCUACACACAGCUAUUUGGAGACUCCAACCUCAUUCUUCAUCAAGAUGGCCGGACCGUCCACCUCUCCCUCGACCAGCGGACUGGUGCUGGAUUUGCGUCACAAGGUCUUUAUCUCCAUGGAUUCUUCAGUGCCUCCAUCAAACUGCCUGCAGACUACGCUGCUGGAGUCGUUGUUGCCUUCUAUAUGUCUAAUGGAGAUGUAUUCGAGAAGACACAUGAUGAAUUGGACUUCGAGUUCCUGGGGAACAUAAGAGGCAGGGAAUGGAGGGUUCAGACCAACGUUUAUGGGAAUGGGAGCACAGCAGUUGGUAGGGAAGAGAGAUAUGGGCUCUGGUUCGAUCCUACAGAGGACUAUCACCAAUACUCCAUCCUGUGGAGCAAUGAGAGGAUAAUAUUUUACAUUGACAACACCCCCAUCAGGGAGGUGGUGAGGACCCAAACCAUGGGUGGUGACUUCCCUUCAAAGCCCAUGUCACUCUAUGCCACAAUAUGGGACGGCUCCACCUGGGCCACUUCGGGCGGCCGCUACAAGGUCAACUACAAAUUCGCCCCUUACGUCGCCGAGUUCACUGACCUUGUCCUCCAUGGCUGCAUCGUUGAUCCCAGUAACCAUAACAGAACCUGCCUGGAAUCUAAUGCUGGAGUUUACAAUGCUAUGAUGAUAUCAACGGAUCAACGGGCGGCGAUGGAGAGGUUCCGAAAGAAACACAUGACCUACUCUUACUGUCAUGAUCGCAUCCGUUACCUGACACCUUCUCCGGAGUGUUCUCUCGGUCCCGAGACCAAGAGUUUCCUCAUAACAGGCGAAGCAAGGUCCAGUUACCACCACCACCAUGGUAAGCGCAAUGGCCGCAGCACAGUAGAUGUAGCCCUUUGAGUCUAAGUAGUUAUUUUUUUUGUGUCCCAUGUAUUCCAAGUAUUCUAGUGAUAUAGCAAAUUUAUUUCAGGUAGAGAGUCACAUUGUCUAGAAUGACAUAUGUAUAACCUAGUCUGUCCAAUCUUGUUUUGGAGUCUGUCUAGCUCAUCAGUGUUUUCCAUAUUAUUUCCUUCCCUCUAAUGUUUCUUGUUCUCUGUAGUGGUGCUAAUGUACUACACAAUGGGUUUGUUGUCAUAGAAGACUUGAGUUCGUUUUGAUCAUCUAUAAAUGGCACUAUAACUAUCGAGAAAAUGGAAUGGCAAUAUUAGCAUACCUUUAAGCGAAUAAGAUGUCUGUCCUCCAUGUCAUGUUUCCAUCUGGAAACUGUGGAGAUCUUGAAUGUCUUCGGGUGCAGGCAUAUAAGACCUAUGAUU